AUGAGUGCAUCUACAAGAUACGUCUUGGUGACCGGAGCCAACAGUGGUCUAGGCCUAGGAAUCUGUUGUCGCCUCGUCGACGAGUUUCUAACGUCACCACACACCCAUGGACGACUGACCAUCAUCUUCACGACGCGCAGCCAACGCAAAGGCGACGAAACCCUCGCGACGCUCCAGAAACACCUCUCGCACCAUGAAUCCUACAAGCACACCGCCGACGACCGCAGCCUCACCUUCCAACCGGAGAACGUCGAGUUGACUUCCCUCCUCUCUGUGCGAGCUCUGAGCCGGAAACUGCUCUCCUCUCACAUCCCACACCUCGACGCGAUCGUUCUCAACGCAGGAAUAGGAGGCUGGUCCGGCCUGAACUGGCCCCUGGCAACAUGGACCGUCCUGACGGGCAUAAGACAAGCUACUACCUGGCCGACGUUCAAGCUGGGUCUCGUCGGUCUCGUCACGAAACCACAGUUUCCGCCUCCAUCUCGGGGCCAGGGGACCAGAGAAGAACCGGUUCUUGGGGAAGUCUUCUGCGCAAACACCUUCGGACACUACAUGCUGGUCCACUGGCUGAUGCCUUUGCUCCGAGCAUGCCCCUCUGAGUCACCCGGGAAGAUCAUUUGGACGUCGUCCGUCGAAGCCAUGGCGCACCAUUACAACCCAGCCGACCAUCAAGGCCUCGCGACGGACGCAGCCUACGAACACACGAAGCGAUUGACUGAUCUCCUGGCCCUGACGGCGGCGGCGGCGCCACCUGCCAGGACGACGUCGGUCGAGGAGUACAUCAUGCCGUCGGAGUCGUUCUCGCUACCUCGGAGGCUGUCUUCCCCACAACAGUCCGAACCAACUUUCCUCCUCGCGCACCCUGGAAUCUGCACGACGACAAUCAUAAGCCUCUACUGGAUCAUCCACGAAUGCUAUCGCCUUGGAAUCUACCUGGCGCGGUGGUGCGGGUCGCCCUGGGCAAACGUGACGAGCUACCUGGGCGCCGCGUCCGUGACGUGGCUCAUCCUCGCGUCCCAAGCCGAAAUCGACACAAAGGCCGUGGAAGCGACCGGCGACCGCGGCGGGCCUUGUAAAUGGGGCUCUGCGGUCGACAGGUUUGGCCGAUCGUCGAUUCGCGUCACGGACGUAGAGGGCUGGGGCAUCAAUGGCACGGGCAAGCCCUUCAAGAAUACGUGGUGGGGUGGAAGCCUAGGCAGGAAGAGUGGCGCGGUAGAUGCCACGGAAGAGGACGUUGCAAAUUUUAAGGCUCAAGGUGCAGAGGUGUGGGAGAAGAUGGAGACAUUGCGACAGGACUGGGAGGCCAGGAUCGAGGAUUAUGAGUCGGAAAAGACAAGGAGUCAAGAGGGCACAGGUGCUGGUGCUGGUGCUGGUGCUGGUGCUGGUGCUGGUGCUGGUGCUGGUGCUGGUGCUGGUGCUGGGACGGCUGUCGGUAAUGGACAUGCAUCGUAG